AUGGCCAAGACCAUAGAAACGUUCGUCGCCUUUGGGGCUGAUAUCUUCGCUCUUGAGCGAAUGAUGCGCCUGCUCCAGGCCGUCGGCAUGGUCUUCACCUCCUACAGCUUCCUCAUCGCCCUCGCGCGGCCCUCCGCCUCCGCCGCCCACCACCUCGCCACGCGCCUCGCCCUCGUCGCGCUGCAGGACUGGCUCAACGUGACCCGCCGGGCCCUGCGGACCUUUUGGUUCCUGCGCGCCUUCCACGGCAGCUACGCCCAGUACCAAAGCCUCGCCUCGGCCCCCGGCGUGGAGGACCUGCUCGACGUCGUCGCCGGCUCGCUGCUCGGCAUGUUUGGCCUGCUGGAGACCGUCACGCUGCCGGACGUGACCCGCCUGCCGGGGCUGGCGGUGUUCGGCGCGGAGGAGACACGCAGGCUCAACGUGCAGGCGCAGGCGUGCUGGCUGGCGGCGCUGGUGGCGAUGGUGCUGGCGGGGGGCGUGAGGGUGCUGCGGCUGCUGGCGGAGCGCGCGGUGCCGACGGGGGCUGAUUUUGGCGGCGGCGGCGGCGGCGUGGGUGAUGAUGAUGCGGAGGAGGAAGGGGGGAAAGGUGGGAAGAAGGGAGCGGCAUCGGAGAAGAAGAAGAAGAAGCGGGAUGCAGAAAGGAAGAGGAAGCUGGACAAGGCGGAAGCGGCGCGGAAGACGAGAGUGCAGGUACGGGCGCUCACGCUCAAGAUGGUCAAUGAUGCGCUGGAUAUGGUCAUCCCGGCGAACAUCUGCGGGUUGUCCGAGUUUCACCCCGGCCAGGUCGGCAUCGCCAUGGCGGUUACGUCUCUCAUUACAUUGCGCGGUCAUUGGGAACGCUGCGCCAAAACCUUGCAGUGA